ACAACUGUUGCCUGGCAACGACCCAGCCAAAAUAAAGCGCCACUGUCUUCUUUCAGCAUCGACAUGAAGUCUGUCACAGUUAGCAAAGUUGCCUCAGACUGCGAAUUCAACUUUAAAAGUGCGGAUGGGUGUCUCAGCAUGUGCGGGAUGUGCCCUUCUUGCGUCUUUGGCCCGACACCGCCGAGUUCCACCCAGCGGCUGUGGCGGAUGGCGGACAAAUUCAAGAGGAGAUUCGUGGUGGCGCUGAUUUUACGCUGCAGGAAAGUCCAAGUGCUCGAAAGCAUCCAGAGCGUCCUGGGUGUCACGUCGUGGACGUGGUUCACUUACGCCAGAUCGAGAAGCCCCACUUCACCCGAGGACUAUCCCUCCCGCACUCCUCCCCACCAGGCCCUGGACGGAAAGCCACUUGGCAUGGAUUUGAAUGAAAUCUGGAGGUGGUUCAGCAGCAGUCCGGACUGGAUUAAAAUCAGAUAUCUUUGCCGUAUUUUCUCACUGUGUGACUCUGAACUUUUACGAACGGCCCUUAAUUUAACCAGCGUGCUUCUGGUCCGACAAAAACAAGGGUUUCUAGAAUUUAAUGGGAGUAGCCACAGAAUCAAACAACAUGUUUCGGACUCGGAAGACCCUGCUCUUAUGGUGGUGCCCGGAUCCUCAAAAUCUGUGUCUGGAGUCACACAGUACCGAGACAUCAUUGGCAGUCUACCUGUUGAUCUCUCCAAAAGGAUAUUAGGUCUGUUAGAGGAGCACACUUUGAGACGCUGCAAGAAGGUCUGUCGAUACUGGCAGCACCUGGCACAGGAGACCAUGGAGGAAAUGAAGUUCAGAAGAAAGUUUCAGGAUCAAAUUAGCAACAUGAUGCAGAGGUGCAGUCGUGUCAACACAAUCAGUCCUAUUUAUGCCAACUUCGUUGAUGUCCUUGUACCAGUAAAGGACGAUGAGAAUGGGGAUUUUAAUUCUAACGUCCAAAAGGUCAAACAGUUUGACGGUGCUUACGCCAAAAUGAAAACUAAGACGGUGCGAAUGGAGGAGCGCAACAUUUACUGUGGUGCACAUUUCAUCAAAGUUCUGCUGGACAAGGAAGACCCACAUCGGGUGCUGGACUACAAGGGCGGCCCGUUGAUGGCCCUGGCCUCCAAGGACCGCGUGGCGCAUCUGCUUUACGUGGCGUCAGAGACCAGAAACGUGGCGGUGAUGAAAGGCCACGUCGGCAGCAUCCGGGCCGUGCUGCUCUGCGAGGACAGAGGCCUGCUGAUAACGGCGAGCUGUGACGCAAGCAUCAGGUGUUGGAAUCUGAAGACGGACAGGUGCGAGAUGGCGCUGUAUGGUCACACUGGUACCAUCAACUGCCUGGAUGUGCAUGGAGAUAGACUCGUGUCAGGAGCUAAGGAUUGUCUAGUGAAAGUGUGGAGUCUACAGACAGGGAAGCAUUUUGAGGAUUGUAAUUUCAAGCACCCCAGCCGUGUCCACUGUGUAAAGAUCAACGAAACUACGGUCUACAGCAGCUGCGAUCGGGGCCUGAUCAAAAUAUGGAGCCUGGAGAAAGCGUCGCUGCUCAGGGUGAUUGAUGCCCACAAGAGCUCGGUGAAGUGCCUGUUCUGUGAUGAAUGGCACCUUUUAUCAGGCGACGCCAACGGCAAGGUUCUGGCAUGGAGCACCAACUGCGAUGCCAAACAGUGCCUGAUGACCUUUAACCACCCGAAGGAGGUAAAAUCUCUGACUCUCGUCUACCUCCGUGUCGUCACCGGCUGCUUGGACGGGAAGAUUCGCGUGUUUCAUUUCCUCACUGGGGACUGUUUGAAAGAGAUCACGGCCGAGACCGAAGCAGGCCGUAUGCUGUCCCUGCACUUUCAUGAACACAGCAUAUUAGUGAACACGGCGACGGGCGUGAAGCUCUACAAGUUUGCCCAAGUGUUCUGGGAUUACGCGGACUCAAAAAAGGGGGGCCGGGAAGAUGUAGCCGCUCAGGAUUGUUCCGUUUCUAUCGGGGCAGAGGAAGCGGCGCAGGUCCCUUCACCAACUCGAAAGAUUCAUAACACAAUGAACCCAGAGGGAGAGAAGCUGUUUCACCAGAUCCGCUCCUUAUCUACACCGACUAAAUGUCAAACGCGAGCCAGAGCACGCCGUGACAACGCCGACCAGUCGCUCAUUCUGAGCGAGAAGGCGGCAACUAAACGGAUGAGGGAGAGGGGUCUCCACCGUCCCCUCACGCGGGACUCCAUCCUCCUCAGGGUCAACGCCAUCCAGAAAGCGCAGUGCAUGGACGAGGUCGGCAUCAACAUGGAGAGCAACGCCAGGCUGCGAGACUCGUGGGGCCCUCGCGCGGGUCAGGAUCCGCAGCCGUGCCCUCGAGGGGCCCGGAGGGUAACGACCUGCGUGCCCGCUCUGAAGCGGGUUGGCGGUCAAAAUGCGCAGAACACGUCACAUUGCAGGGACGUUUCCACAGCCCCUGCCGCACACAGGCCAAUCAAGGAGCUCGGAAGUGCCGCGGCGGGGCGGCAGGCUGAGAAGUGCUUGCCCGUGAGGUCGCUGCGUAAUCAAGGAUGUUGCAUGGAAGCUAGAACCAGUUUACCCAGGAUUAAUUUGGACACAUUCAGAAAGUAGGAAGCAUUCAAGCAGCUGCUUGAAGACGUUCGUUAAAGCCAAGAGGGAGCCCAUGCCGAGCUCUGAGCCAAAACUGAGAUGCAUACAGUGAUAAUGGGAGGAAGGUUAAAGGUGCAUUCGUAGACGAUCAGUUAGUGGUGUCAUACAAUUCAGUGUCAAAUACUUUAAUGAACUCUAUCACAGUGGCACAAUCCCUGUUUUGGACAUAAGCCCUUAUCCAAGGCGCAUUACCUUUAAUUGUGUUGUUGCAUUAAGAUUACACUAGGGGUCAGUAUUGUACCAUCUGAUUGAUAGGCAGACCAAGGCACAGACCUGUUAAAAUAGUUGAUCUGUUUUUUUAAAGGACUGUAAUCAUUUUUUUUCAUACAUUUUAUGUGUUGUAAAUAAAUGUUCUUUUUAUUGUUAA